AUGUUCCUUCGAAAGAGGCCUCGUAAUCAUCGACGACGCCCGGCGAGGACUACAACCGGUGAAGUAGCAUCUGAAAUUGAUGCUCAACGAGACAAGCCUAGUGAAGGUCGUGUUUCUCAGACUAAACCACCACCAGCGAGUAAUGUCAUCUCCAAGAAGAAGUUUCGUCCUGACAGUAACAUUGCUAAGUCAGGAUUAGCAGUCAAAGAAUCUGGACCAGAAAGGCAGUCUACCACAAGUGCUCCUGCAGAAUCGAGAAAUCCAAAACCUCAAACUUGUGUCCAGAGCAAGAAGCCUCAAGGAAACCAACAGCAGCAGCAGAGAAUACUCCAGGCAAAUAGGGAGCCUCAGGGGAACCAACAGCAGCAGCAGAGAGUACUCCAGACAAGCAGGAACGCAAAGCAACCGCAGAAUUCAACGUCGCGUCCUGCAACCACCAAGACGUUUUUCAAAAAGCAUAUGAGUGAAGAUGAAAUUCGUGAAGGUCUUGCGAACGGAACACUCCUGAAGGGCCAGAUACGGAUAAAUCAAAAAAAAUUCGAGGAAGCCUUCAUCGAUAAUCCGAAUGGUAGCGAAUUCCCGGAUAUUGCUGUUUUGGGCAUGCCUGACCGAAAUCGCGCUUUACAGGGCGAUGUGGUGGCAAUUCGUAUAAAACCCCGUUGUAAUUGGGUUGUUAACGAAGACGCUUAUAAAAAUUGGAAAAAAGAUUCCGGUAGCAAACAGCCUGGAUCUGCUGCUGAUGAGUCCAGAGGAGACAAUACCGUGAUGGAAGUCGUAGAGGAACUGAUUGAGACUACGGCAUCACUGGAAAGUGCCGUUGCAGGAUCAGAUAAGGUUGUCUGUUCUCAGGUGAAGUUUUCAGUAGUGCGACUAACAAUGUCAGACGAAAUGAAGAUAAUGUGA